AGCGGAGAAAGAACGAGACGGAAGGCGGUGGCUCCGAUGACACACGUGAGGUGGCCGAGGAAUUCUCUAUGCUCCUUACUUGCCUGCUCUCGCUGGCCCUCCUCCCGGUUUUGUCGCUGGGAGAAGAAGAGUGCACCCUCCACCGACUUCAAGGUUGCCUAGAGUCCCUCCAGUCGGUGACACAAAAUAACGACUUGGCACUGGCAACCACUCGAACAGAGCUUCUUGCAGUGUGCAGCCAAUUAAAAGAGAGCGUGUUGUGCGUCGAUGAACAUAUGAAGCAUUGUUUCACCGCCACGCAAAGGAAAGUCUUCAACCAUGUCGUAGCCGGAGCCAGACAGUUUCUUCUUGAACUUUGUGUAAGAGGACCCAUCCAAGAAUCAUAUCUGAGACAUUCCCCCUGUUACAAGAAUGUCUCACUCUCCGAAGAAAAAUGUGCUCCGAAGUAUAGACAUUUAAUUCACUUGUCUGAGAACGUCGAUGAGCAAAGGAACGUCGAUGAAGGUCUCAGAGAAUCCUGCUGCGCCUUCAACGAGUUCGUGUUGUGCAAGUACAUCCACGUGAGCCGGGACUGCGGGCAGGAAGCUGCCGACUUCCUCCAACAGCAUCUCGACCGCAUUUCCAGCCCACUCAUACACGAACAUUGCGCCCAUUACACCUAUGCCAGGGACUCUUGCACAUCUUCCUUCGCUCUCCCUUUUAACGCAGACAUAAUUUCCUUACCAUUUCUUACCAUCCUGGCAGUAACACUGUUGAAAGUCAUCUCUUGGAAACAUGACUUAUAAAUGAAAGCGAAUGACAGAGAAGUCUGAGCCACGUAAAUUUUAUAGUCCUGAGUGUAACUAAGAAGAUCCAAACUUACUUCUAUCGGUGUUUCAGGGUCUUUGUUUUACAAAGCUUUUAUUCCCUCCUACAGUCCCUUAUAAAAUAAAUGAACGAACUUCAAAAAAUAAAUAUAUAGUAUGUAAUUUCGUUUAAAGAAUUAUUUAAUAAAUUCAAUGUGAUGCUCGAAAACCAUUUUUGAAACUAGAAUUUCUUAAUGGAAGAAGUUUAAUCAUAAACGUAAGCUUAGUCAAACGCAAAUGAUUUUUAUUUGAUAUAUUUAAACUUGGUAUGUAUCCAUUAAAUGAUAUUUCAGCUAUUAGGCUGUCCGAAAAAUAAUGCAGGUUUUUUAAGUUAUAUCUUUAAAGCAUCAUAACUCAACUCAAAAACAAUUUUAUUAAUCAAAAUAAGCACCAACCGAAUCAAUGCAUUUUCCCAACCUCAUAUAAGUUUAUUUAUGACGGCAGAAUAGAAUUCUGAAGUUAUGGACGGGAUAAAGUUGUCAAAGGCGUUUUUGACCUUUGACCUCGUCUUGGUUUCUGAAGCAUUUCUUCUGCAGAAUGUUAUCCAGAUGUUUGUAAAGUGGUAAUCGGUCGGCGAGAGGUCGGGCGAAUAUGGGGGAAGAGGGAGAGUCUCGUAUCCCAAUUCGUUAAAUUUCUGUAGGGUCUCUUGCACGACGUGCGGCCAAGCAUCGUCAUGGAGAAAAACUGGACGCUUUCUGUUGACAAUGCCGAGCACAUGUGUUGCACUUUUUGGUGCAUUUCGUUGAUUUGCUAACAGUAUUUAUCUGCUGCAAUCGUUUCGCCCAGAUUUAGGACGCUGUGGUAUAUCAGACUGGGCGCAGACCACCAAACAGUCACCAUAAUUUUCUUUUGGUACAAAUUUGGCUUUGGAAAGUGUUGUGGUGUCUGACCGCGGUCUAACCACUGAGCCGAAUGUCGCCAGUUGUUAGAGAGAAUCUACUUUUCAUCGCAGUAACCAUUCGAUCAGGAAAAGUGUCUUUUUUGUUGCGGAGAAAAAGUGCAGAUGACAAUUCAAAACGGCGAUUUUUUUAAAUUUUCAUUCAAUUUGUGAGGCACCCACUUAUUGAGCUUCUUUGCCUUUCCUAUACGAUUCAAUUGAUCAGAAAUCCUUGUUUUGCUUACACCAAGCUCCUCCGCAAGUUCUCGAACAGUGGUGCACGGAUUUGUUUCAACUUUCAAAUCAUAGUCAUCAACAGCUGAAGAGCGUCCACGACCUCUCUUGAUCUUCCAAGUCAAAUUUUCCACGACAAAACUUUUGGUACCACCGUUGAACUGUAGAUUCAUUAACACAUUUCUCGCCGCAUACUCUGUUGACAUUUCGAGCCGUUUGCGCUGCGCUGUGGCCUAGCUUGUACUCAUAAAAGUAAAUUUGCAGAAAAUUCCGUUUUGACAUCUAAACAAAAACGCCUAGUAAAUAUUUUUGGAAAUAACUUUGGAAAAAAAUGAUUAUAGAAGAAAUAUAGAACGAAAAAAGAGCUUCAAAAUGAUAUAUAAAUCACUGUAAUUCAAAAUAUUUUUGUUGCUAAAAAUGUACAGGAAAGAUAAACAAUUGCAAAAACCUGCAUUACUUUCCGGACAACCUGAUAAAAAUGACUAAAAAUGACUUAAUUUAUAUUUCUAAUUUGCCAACUUUAAGAUAUUUUAAAACUUUAAGAAGUUUCAAGAAUAUUUACUAAUUUAUAUUUUCUUUAAUCUUGUUAAUUUAAACAAUUUUGAAAACCCUUCUAAGAAUUAUAAGAGUUUAAAAAGGUGAGCUUAAUUUAAAUUUCUCUUCCUGAUUGUGAUAUGCCUAAAUGUAAGUAACCAAACGUUAUGCCAUAUAUUAAACAGAAAUGAUGUAAGCUUGUUAUAUAACCUCUUGUAAUAUAAGCUUGUAAUAUAAUAUUUGUCUUCAUGUAUUUGUUUUGUGACGAAACCUAUUACACAGAUGUUAUAAUAUUUAAAAUUUUAUCUGUUAAAAGUGAGUGAAUUUAAUAUGAGAGUCCGAAAACGAUAGCGAUGUUAUUUUCUGUUGACAUUUUUUAUCUUUGACAUUUUGUUUUCUUCUGUUGAUAUUUAUAUUUUCAUAAUUUCUAUAGAAUGCUAAAAUCUGGUUAAAAUUGCUUGAGUGAAAAAUUCAGCAUAGUUAUUAUUUUCAUAAUAAAGUGUAACUACCUUAACUUGAUAAAUUUUAAAGAUACAGGAAUGAUGAAAAGUUCAAAUAUGUUGUUCUAUGGGAAAACUAUGAAUCCUCUAAACAGCUAAUCCUUUCAACUGCGGAAACGGAGCACGACCAUUGUUCCGCUACUUCAGCAUCUUUAGCCUAUACGGCCUAUUAAAUUAUACAAGUUUUUGCUGCAUUUCAUUUAUUUAAACUAAUUUCUUCGAAUCUCAAUAGCGAUACAUUUCUCUUUCAAUUAAUUCGGUUCUCACUUCGUUGCAAGGCAAAAAUAUAUAAACUCAAAACAUCUUCGUUAAAAAUCGUAAAAUACAGAAAAACAU